UCGAAGUGCUAUGGAGAAGAGGCUUUUCAGGCGAAAAAAACAUAAAAAUUAAAAUAAAAUAAAAUGGCUGGGUUACCUCAGUAUGAUUUUGAUGAAAAGCCUUCUUCUUCUUCUUCUUCUAAUUCAUCAUUAAAUAAAGUACCAUUAUUUGCAGCAAUCGCAAGGGUGGUAACCUUAGCUUCUUUGGUGAUUUCAUUACUUGUGGUUCAGAAUAUUGAAGUUUUUGUCACGGACUAUGCAAAAAUUUACUACGGUUCUUACAAUACAUACAUAUACAUGCAUGGUGUACUAAUAGCAGGAAUUUGCUACACUGUAUUGCUAAUUCCUUUUGCAGCAUAUUACCUGCUAGCAAAGAAACAACUCAUAGACCACCAAGCCUUUCGCUGGGUUGAAUUUAUUGGUGAUAAGAUCAUAUUUGCCAUAUUGGGAUCUGGAUGUGCAGCAUCACUAGCUAUAACUGUGGAAUUUCAAAAGGUCGAAUGGAGCUCGGCCUAUGUUGCAAAGUUGCGUACCUUUUUGGCCCUAAUGCAUGUCCCUAAUGCAUUUCUUCUAGCAGCAUUUGUUAGCUCUCUAUUUUCUUCAAUCUUUUCAUCUCUGAACCUCCGCAAGAGUGAAUGAUCAUCAACAGUGGAUUUACGCAAAAGUUUUUCAUAAGCGGUGUCGAUAUUUACAGAAGAGAACCUCCAACCUUGAAGAGCAAAAUCAGGCGCUUAACCAAUGUGCCAAGUGGCAGAUAGGCAUUGUCAAGCGGCGUCACUGUCUUUUCUUAUCUAGCAUUUCCGCAUAGUAUUAAUUCAGACAAAGUGGUGUCACGUGAUACCGCUUCGUCCAACGUGUCAGCCCCCCAGUUUGUAUGUUCUGCUUUUGUUGUGUGGAUAUCUUCCUUACUUAGGUUGACUAGUGAAAUUAGUUAGUCAUUUUUGUGGAGAAUAUAUCAACUCAUCUUUGUGUGGUUGAAGAUUUUAGCUUAUGUUUCUUUUUAUAUUAUUUUUAAGUUUUGACUGAGAUUCAAAUUCUUAAAAAUCACACAUGCAAUAUAUGCGAGAAAUUAUAUCCAAUG